AUGAGUGACCGAUGGGUAACUUCUGGGCGUGGAGGUCCAUGGGAUAUGAAGUACCGAUAUUAUUCACCAGGUCACCCCGGUCAUCGAGCACCAGGCGAGCCUACUGUGCCGAUCAUUUACACCGGAAAUCCGUCGGAGCCCUAUACUCUAAAGCCGUUGUCCCACAGCUUCGAAGAUAUAUUUGAGAUGAUAAUGCACCAUACGAAGUUGAAGGAUGAUGCUACGACCGAGGGGUGCUGGCGCCAGGCUUACACCCUUCUGUCGGAGUCAUUUCCCCUCAACGAGGACCCCGACGUCGUCUUCAAAGACUUCUUCGAGAUAUUCAACGGAUUCUUCUUCGGGGGAAUGGUCAAGAACUCGGUUGUAGCCGAGUUUGCCGAUGACGAAUGGAAGAAUAUCGUCGAAUUCGAGUUCGUCGUUGACGAGGCUCGAGCAAUAAAGGUUGGUCUGGAAUCUAACUUGGGGAUUACGAGUUACGUUGACAGCAAAUGCUUCCGGACGACAACGAUCUAUAUUAGAGACGUUCGCACCGGAAGCGCUGACGAUGACUAUACCGAAGUUAUGAUUGGAAUGUUGGGAACCUUGGCUCACGAGAUGAUCCACGCGAUGGAACGAAUGUAUAUGAUGUAUACACCAGAUGACGAGGGCGUCGAUAGGGCUGAUCACUGCACUGUCUGGCAAGGAGCUGCAAUUGCUAUUGAAGAAGCAACCAGUGGACUUCCGGAUGGACCUGACUGGUUUGAUCUGAAACUUGACUUGGGCAGAGAGAGUUCGGCACAUGGGUUUCACCCCUGGGAUGUUCUGGGCCCAUCUCCAGUGGUGGAGCUCGCAGAUUUCCUCGUCUUAAUCAUCGCUGUAUCGUCCCUGGAUCCUACCAAACGAUACCACCCCUCGCCUCGUUUUGCCUCGACCGCCCUCACGAUCUCGUCCCUGGGAAGGGAAGGGGAUAAGCUGCACUCUGCCAAAAGACUAGGUUCUGUUCUCAAGGUACACGACGCGCAAGGUUAUCCCAGUCUCGUCCAGACCAUACGAGUCGUCUAUCCUCUAUUUAUUUCGACAAGCCUCACCGUUCUUCCGCUCCCGAGAAGGCCAGAAGACGGUUCUAGGUUUAUUCGACAAUUCCUCACUGUGCUUUAUGCUCCCGAGAAGGCUAAAAGACAGUCCAGGUCUAUUCUAUUCGAUAAGCCCUCACCGUUCUUCCGCCCCCGAGAAGGCCAGGAGACGGUUCCAGGUUUUCGACAAUCCCUCACUGUGCUUCUGCUCCCGAGAAGGCUAGAAGACAGUCCAGGUAUAUUCGACAACAAUCCCUCACCGUUCUUCCGCUCCCGAGAAGGCCAGAAGACGGUUCCAGGUUUAUUCGACAAUUCCCACUGUAGUAUCGCACUCGCGAGAAGUUCCGAUACACAGUCCAUGGAAAUACCUACUAUCAUAAUACUUCUUGUCGCUCUGGCAAAGCUUUGA